AUGUCAUUUAUAAAUAUUUGCCGUGAUAACACGGAUCCUUUCUACCGUUAUAAAAUGCCUCCUAUCCAGUCCAAGACUGAAGGUAGAGGUAACGGUAUCAAAACUGCCAUUGUUAACUUGGCUGAAGUUGCCAGAGCUUUGAAUCGUCCACCAGCUUAUUUGAUCAAAUUUUUUGGUUAUGAAUUAGGUGCUCAAACUCAAAUUCAAAAUGAUAGAUAUUUAGUUAGUGGUGCUCAUGAUUCCAAUGAAUUACAAGAUUCAUUAGAUGGAUUUAUUAAUAAAUUUGUCCUUUGUGGAAGUUGUAAGAAUCCAGAAACUGAAAUCUUAUUGAAAGGUAAAGAUUCUUUAGAAAGAGAUUGUAAAGCUUGUGGUAAGAUUACUAUGAUUGAUCCAAAACAUAAAUUAUACAGUUUUAUUGUUAAGAACCCACCAGAUACCAAGAAAAGUAAGAAAUCUGCUACUGCUACUGCUAAUGUUGUUGGUGGUGGUAAAUCUAUUUCUGAUAUUGCUGCCGGUCAUGCUAAUGCUGAUGAUUCAUCUGCUGCUAUUGAUGGCCAAGAUGGUGAAUUUGAUGAAGAUGAUGAUUUGUUAGCUAAGAAGAUUAACGCUGAAGUUGCUCAAUUAAAAGAAGUUGAAGCCAAAGAUGAUGAUUGGGCUGUUGAUAUGUCUCAAGAAGCUAUUGCUGCAAGAGCUAGAGAAUUGGAAGGUUUGACUUUACAAAACAAUCAAUUUGAUGAAUUUGGUGAAUGGUUAUUAAAAGAAUCUAAAGAUUCUAAAGAUGAUUUACCAAGUGAUGUUGAAAUCUAUAAAAGAAUUGUUGAAUUGGAUAUUGCUGAUCGUCCAGAAACUUUACAAGUUUUGGGUCAAGUUUUAUUCGAUGAAGAUAUAAUAAAUCAAAUUGAACCUCAUGUUGGUUUAUUAGCUAAAUUGAUUAAUAAUGAUGAAGAAUUUGAAAAGAGUUUGUUGGGUGGUUUAGAAAGAUUCUUUGGUUUGGAAAAACCAAAAUUGAUCCCACAAGUUCCAAAAAUUUUACAUGCUUUCUAUGAUAAAGAUUUAUUAAGUGAAGAAGUUUUGAUUCACUGGGGUACUAAAGUUUCAAAGAAAUACGUUCCAAAAGAUGUUUCCAAGAAAGUUAGAAAAGCUGCUAAACCAUUCGUUAAAUGGUUACAAGAAGCUGAAGAAGAAAGUGACGACGAAGAAUAA